AUCUCACCUUCAUCGGCGGAAUCAUCUACCAGUCUUCUCGACAACGCCGUGUAUUAUCAAUCUUUCUCCGGGCGGUUUCUGAUUCUGGGAUUUGCUGGUUCCAUCGUUCCACACUGAAAAGGAGAACAACCCUCCCUAGUCCCUGCUUCUGGUUGAUUUGUGCGUGUAAAUAUAUAUAUAUACAAACAAACCCUACUUGUAUUGCAGUUGCAGAAGCAGAAAGUCUACUAGGAAGGCCGGCAAAAGAAUAAGAAGAAAAAAAGAAAUCAUCAUGAUGCUUGGGGGCAGGGAUUUGCCGGAUGACUUGACCAAAGACAUUAUUGGUCAACUAUCUGAUCCCAAGAGUCUUUGCCGUUUCAAGAGUGUCUCCAAAUCAUGGUGUUCAUUGAUAUCUGAAAUCAAGGGGGCAGUCCUGGUUUUUGUGGGCGUAGCCAGACACACCGUAGACACCGUCUACUCUGCGGAUUUGGAUUGUUCCACUUCCAGCUUGACAGAGCACCCUGUCCCAGAUGUAAUCUUAGAAGGGGGCGACCUUUCUAUAAGAGGUCCAUGUAAUGGCUUGAUUGUCUUUAAGACAGGGGAAACUUUCUUUAUCUGGAGCAAAUUUAUUGGAGAUUUCCAAGUAAUUACCUCAAAACCUAGAUGCUAUGCCCACCGGGACUGGGACGAAUUCGGUAGAACUGAGGUUGUUCUAUAUGGAUUUGGGUAUGACUCUGUCAAUCAAGAUUACAAAUUAGUGGAUAUCAUGGGCUUUCACCAUGGGCAUAAGAUCAAAGUUUCUACUUAUAGCUUCAGAAACAAUACCUGGUCCCGGAGAAGCCCUCUAAUCACAGACAAAACUAGUCCUCCAACUCCUUACUUUGAUAUUGGCACCUAUGGCUAUAGCCAAACACAAGGUGUGCUUGUUGGCAGUAUGCUGAAUUGGGUAGCUUAUCGGGAUUCCAGAUUCAACACACCACCUUUCGUCUUUGCUUUUGAUCUCACCACUGAGGAGUUCCAUGAGAUUGAGUUGCCAGAUAUAGACACGGCAUCUGUAUUAGGGGUACUUGAGGGCUGCCUUACUGUCACACACCCAAAGGAGAAUAAUAGUAGUAAGAGUGUUGAACUUGAUAUAUGGGUGAUGAAGGAGUACAUGGUCAAGGAGUCCUGGACUCUUGCGUCUCGAAUCCUUGUCAGUAACAGAGGAAGAUUACAUAUGGACCAUUAUCGUAGGGACUAUUGUCGCAUGAGGCCUCUAGCAGCAGCUUCCUCAAGGAAUGGUAAUACUAAAAUUUUGUUAGCAUCUGGAAGCCUCCUUCUUUGGUAUGAUCCGGAAAAUGAUAAAUUGGAUGCAGCUUCCCUUGAUAUUGAGGAUAACAAUAUCCGUGAGACGAUCAUCUGCUUUUGGCCAACAACCUAUGUGAUUGAUUGGCAAUCCAUUUCUAGAUUUUUGAGUUCAAACAGGGAGGAAGAGACACUACAAGAAAAAUGAUUUUUAGUGACAGAAAUUUGUGAUAAAUUUUGAAAUCAUCA